AUGUCGUCGUUUUCAUUGCCAGUGCUUGAGAUGCAGUUGGUUCUUAUAUUCACCAUCACACAGGCCUCCUAUCGCAUUUUUAGGCCUAUGGGAGUCCCUCCGUUUGCUUCACAACUAAUUACGGGCAUGAUCCUCAGUCCAUCCUUCCUUGGUCGCUUCACAAUAUUCAAGGACUUGUUUACCAUUAGAAGUCAAGAAAUAAUUGGUAUGCUGGCUGGCUUUGGUCAUGUGCUCUUUUUGAUUCUGAGUGCGGUGAAAAUGGAUAUCGGAAACAUAGAGAGAUUGGGAAAGAAAGCUUUGUAUACAGGUAUUGCCUCCUUACUGGCACCUACGCUAAUCGGCUCAUAUUUACUCCAUGCAAAACUUGCAAAAUCUUGGCUAAACGGUGAAGAACUUCUGAAUAUGUCUUUUCUAUUGGCAAUACAUUCUCUAACCUCGUUUCCGGUCGUUAUCUACCUUCUUGAGCACCUAAAGAUGCUCAAUUCUGAGCUGGGACAAUUUGGCCUGUCGGCAGCAUUGGUUAGUGAUUUUAGUAGCCUGACUCUCCUGAUUCUUGGCUCAAUUGCUAAACUUGGUAAGGUGAAAGGUUCUAUGUACGCUAUUAAAGAAGCUGGAGCAAUCUUUCUGUUUCUUUUGUUUGUUGUAUUUGCAUUCCGACCGGCAAUGUUCUGGAUAGUGAGACAGACACCAGAAGGGAAGCCUGUAAAAAAUAUAUAUAUUUACAUCAUCAUGGUUGUAAUGCUCUUUUCUGGGUUGUUUACUUUAUCGCAUAGCAUGUCUAUUUUCCUGGGACCAUAUCUUGUCGGAUUGGCGAUACCAUAUGGGCUGCCUUUAGGACCCAUUAUGAUCAAGAAGCUCAACUCCUUCACUCAUAAUGUGUUUCAUCCACUCUUUGUGACAACAUGUGCGAUGAGGACAGAUUUGCGUUUACUCAAUUUCAAUGGCAGACCCAUGAUAUAUAACGCAAUCCUCGUUUCUGCCACCUUUUUGGCCAAAAUGCUGGCGUCUUUUGUUCUUUCCUUGUACUACUCCAAAAUGCCCUUCAAUGAUGCUUUAGCAAUCGCUCUAAUUAUGAGUUUCAAAGGCGCUGUCCACCUGGGCUUCUAUACAUUCUUCGGAUUUUUCCCGACGGGGACUUUAAGAGACCAAUCUCUCUCGUUCGAAUGUGUUGUCUUGCUAUUGAAUGUGAUUAUUUUGCCAAUUCUGGUGAAAUUCUUAUACGAUCCUUCAAGGAAAUAUGCUUGUUAUCAGAAAAGGAACAUUUUGGGUUGCCGAAGAAACCAAGAACUCCGAGUCCUUGUGUGCAUACGCCGGUCCACUAACCUUAGUGCAGUAAUCAGACUGCUUGGAGCUGCAUCCUCAUCUCCGGCAAGGCCGCGCCUUGCCAUUUAUGUGCUUCACCUUAUUAAACUGGCUGAGGAAGCCUCUCGGCCUGUCUUUAUUUCUCAUCAAAUGCAGAAAAAGAUUCCGUUUAGAAAUUCCUAUUCAGAGAUUGUCAUCAAAGCUUUCAGGCACUUCAAACGAGACAUUCAGGGUACUGCAGUUUCAGUAAAACUCUUCACAGUAGUCCGUCCAUCCAAGGUCAUGGCUGAGGGCAUCUGCUCCCUUGCACUGGAUAAACUCGCAUCCUUCAUCAUACUCCCAUUCCACCGAAAAUGGUCUGUUGAUGGGUGUGUUGCAUCCGAGGAUAGUACUAUCCAGACCUUGAAUCGCAAUGUCCUCGAGCAUGCUCCUUGCUCCGUAGGAAUCCUUGUUGACCGUGGACAUGAUUAUAAUUUGGGUCUUUCGUCGACAUUAAUGCUUUCAUCAGAUUCAUCUACUUACUCUGUUGCCAUGAUCUUCUUAGGAGGAAACGAUGAUCGAGAAGCAUUGUCUUUUGCUAAACGCAUGUCCAACAAGUACUCGAAAAUCUCCCUGACUGUGAUUCAUCUUGUUUCUCCCGGCAGUAAUGAAUUAGAUGUUACCAACGACCUGGAAAACGUGCUCGACUCUUUGGCAUUGAAAGAUGUUAUUCUCAACAACGUGGGUGAUGAAUACGUGAGAUACUUGGAGGAGAUAGUGCAGGAUGGACCUCAAACGACAUCGACGGUUUGUUCUAUGGUGGAUGAGUAUGACCUUAUUAUUGUUGGUAGACGGCAUGAGAUGGAGUCCCCUCAAACAUCAGGGCUUGCAGAAUUGAGUACAUUUCCAGAGCUAGGAAUUAUUGGAGACUUGCUCGCCUCCUCAGAUCUCAACACUAGAACUUCUGUUCUUGUGGUGCAACAACAAAAGAUGAUCAUCUGAGUCCUUGUCGUUUUGACGUGGUAGCUACUGGGGAGGUACUUCCCAAA